UGGAUUUGUCUUUUGCUCUUCGUCCAGGCAAACAGACGGCGAUUGUGAGGUGUGUUAACCAGAAGACGGGCGAGGAGGUGGAAGACUCACUGUGUGAUUCAUCCAACAGGCCACUCAUAAUGAUCCGCAUCUGUAACCCUGAGCCAUGCCCCCCGAGUUGGGAGGUAACAGCAUGGACCAGCUGCUCUGCAUCCUGUGGGGUUGGAAUACAGACCAGGAGUGUGUUCUGCAUGCGUUCCCUGUCCAUUGAGCAGCAGGAUAUUCUGAGUGUUCCGGAGGAGGAGUGCAGAGAAUUUAAACCUGCCAUCCUGCAGCCCUGUAACCAGGUGGACUGUCCUCCAGCCUGGGAGACUGAACCGUGGCAGUUGUGCUCCCAGACCUGUGGAGGUGGUGUUCAACUGAGAAAGGUCUACUGUAAGCAGCUUCUAUCCACAGGGGCCUACAGGAGGCUGGGAGACGGCACCUGCUCUGGUCCCAAACCUGCAGUUAGCAGAAGCUGCAGCAACUCUGACUGUCUGCCCUCGUGGGCAGGAGGAGAGUGGGGGAAGUGCUCAGUGACUUGUGGUCUGGGGAUUCAGCGCAGGGAGCAACUCUGUCGUCAACUGACCUCUGAUGGCCAGCAGAUGACGCUAGACAAAGGAGUGUGCUCAGGAUUACCCUCACCUCCUCUGGUGCGGACUUGCCGAAUGAUAGCCUGUCCAAAACACAAUAAAGACAUCAGACCAAAAGGAACUCAUAGGAUUUAUGUAAAUAACGAAAAACAAACACCAAACCACAGAAAUGAUGGAGUUAAGAGAUGCCCGGUCCUGUUGGGUAAGCACCACAUCUACAUCCAAACCCAGAAGAAGAAACGCUUCCACCUGACCAUUGGGGGCCACGCCUACCUGCUCCCUAACACCUCCCUGAUCAUCAAGUGCCCAGUCAGAAGGUUUCCCAAAAUGUUUAUCCGCUGGAUCAAAGAUGGACGCCCCGUUGCCAGCUCCAAACACCUGACCAUCACCAAGUCUGGUUCUCUGAAGAUUCCUUUUGUUUCAGCUGACGAUGUGGGUGUGUACAGGUGUGUGGCUGGACCUGCCUAUGAAAUCUUCACGCUCCAGCUAAUAGGCAGUGAGAACCAGUCAACUGGAAGAAGGCUUCCAAGCACUCCACGCUCCACCUGGGAGGAAAGGAAGCCCACCUGUUACACACACAACAUACAUCUGGAUGGUGUUAGUGUGUCUUUGUUGCCCCCUAGUGGCCACAAUGUCUCACUGCAGCCACGAUUGAGAGAGAAGCUGAUUAAUAUUACUCUGCAGGCUGACAGAGGGGAGAUAGAGCAGGAGCAGGCCUCAGAACUCAUCGCCUCGCUGCUGAUCAGCAUGUCUGAUGGUCAGAUCUGGACCAGGACCACGGAGGAGAGAACACAAGCUAGAGACAGUCUCCACAACUGGUCUGAACUGGUUUCAGCCCUGGGCGGAGCGGCUGUACACAGACCAAGAAUCAUCAGACAGCAGCAGAAACGGACAAUGUCUGUCCAAGAAAGCGUUGACGUGAACAUCGGUGACUCGGCGCUCCUGACCAACACCACCCAGUCACUGACCAUUCGCUGUCCUGCAGAAGGAUUCCCACCUCCUGUCAUCAGCUGGAGCAAAGAUGGAGCACCGCUGCACAUAACUGACAGGUUCUCCUGGGACGGUUCCAGAGGACUCCAAAUCCUUCUGCCCACAGCGUCUGACCGAGGACAGUACAAGUGCACAGCAGUCAACGUGCACGGCUCCGACUCAGAGACUUCACAGAUCCUGUUGGCAGAACCUCCAACCGUUAAACUGUCAUGGAGCGAUAGUUCAGACCCUGGGCUGGACUUUGGUCGGGGUCUCAAGGCUGUGGUUGGAGAACAAGUCCGUGUUCUUCAGGGAACCAACCUUACCCUGGACUGCACUGUCACUGGUGUUCCCCAGCCCUCGGUGACGUGGCACAGAAAGACACGCCCCCUGGACUCAGGUGUGGUUUCUCUUCCCUCUGGAUCACUGAGGAUCAAAAAUGUUUCUCCACAAAACCAAGGUGUCUACUCCUGCACUGCCACCAAUGCCGCAGGGAAGUCCACGGUUUCCACUGAUCUGCAGGUUUACACUCCACAGUCAGCUGCAGGAAGUAGAGAGACUCCAGUUCUACAACCAGACCUGAACAGACGGAGAGUUCUGAUGGCAUCACGCCGUGGAACCAGUGUUUCCAUCAAACCUGGUGACAUCUUACGUAUAGGCUGUCCAGUGGUGCCUGACCAUAAACAGUCAGUUUACUGGGACUACAACAACCAGACCCUGAAGGAGGUUUCACGUCCAACUCACAUCCAGGGUCCUGGUCUGGGUCCACAGUACAAAAUGCUGGUGGGGGGUCGUGUCCUUGAAGUCUACACUCUUCGCGUCAACUUUUCGGGUCGUUAUCAGUGUCAAACCUUCAUCAACAGCACCAGAGAAACCCUGCUAGCCUGGAUCUAUGAACACAGCAACGAGUUUGGCUGGCGAUUUGGAGACUGGACCACGUGCAGCGCUUCCUGUGGAAACAGAGGGACGUGGCUGCGGAGGCUUGACUGUGUCACGCCAGAUGGAAAGAUAGUUCCAACGACAAAGUGUCAGCACAUACAGAAACCCGUCACCUCUGCAGUUCCCUGCAACAGACAGGACUGUCCACCCAGAUGGCUUGUGUCGGACUGGUCCAAAUGUUCCACCUCAUGUGGCAGUGGGUGGAAACAGAGGCAGGUCUCCUGUCAGCAGCUGGAUGCCAGAGGUGCAGAAAAGAACCUGACGGCAGCGUCCUGCGAGAGGAUGAGUCGUCCAGCUGACACAGAACAGUGCAGCGCCAACAACUGUCCAAGCUGGGUCAUCAGCCCGUGGGGAAAGUGCUCAGGCCGGUGUUUAGGUCCAACCACCACCGUACAGAGAAGAUCCGUCACCUGUCAACACACCAAUGGUUCCCUGUACACAGACUGUGACAUCAGACACAGGCCUGUUUCACUGCGCAACUGUUCCUCAGACCUCUGUGAUGUGGAGUGGCGGUCUGGUUCGUGGCGAGCGUGCACUGUGGUUUGUGGGAGUGGUUUCCAGUCACGCAGGGUUGAUUGCAUUCACCGUGGAAGUGGAAGGACCCUGGCUGACCAGCACUGUGCCUGGCUCCAUCGCCCGUCCACAUGGCAACACUGCAACACCAUCAGCUGUGGGAAUGAAUGUAAAGACACGACUCAGUACUGUGGUGUGGUGAAGAGACUGAAGCUGUGCCAUCUGGACACGUACAAACACAGGUGCUGUGAGUCUUGUACACGGGACGCUGUCGCCACCUAGUGGCCGUAAGUAGUUAUAACCCCACACCAGACUGCAAGAAUCUCAAUGUACGUCACAGGUGAGAAGAAGCUUCUUGAACUUUAUAGACUGAGCAUAAAAUGGACGAGCUUUAGUCCAGGUCAUUUUUUUCCUAUGAAGGGGAACCAAAGGAGGGAUUUCUUUUCUAAUCUGGACCCGACCUCCUACAAUGAAGAAAAGUGUUGAUCCACUAUGUGGACCAAAUGGAAAUGUUGGGUUAUACUGAUAGAAUGCUAACGCCUAAACUAGAGUCAAGCCAGCUAAAAAAAAGAAAGAAAAUCUUUAUUAAAACUCAGUGUCGCUGAUGCCAGAAUUCUCUGUUCCGCUUCAAACUCCUAUAUAAUAAUUUAUAAUUCUGACGAGCUCACCAUGUGGCUAAAAUGAUAGUCAUUCUACAGAUAAUUUUUUUUCAUUUAUAACAGACAAGUCCCCUGCACUUCUAUUUUUAGUUUUGAUCAAAUUAUAGGGCAAGAAUCAACUAAAUUAAGGUUAGGGUUAGAAUUUUGUUUACCACCACCGUCCAACAGAUGAUUGUCCAUAACUUUUAGGAAGGCUAUAGAAAGGUGAUUUCUUCAUGGUUGUUGUUUUCAUUUUACUUUGGUUUAGUGUUACAGACGGGUUAACUCAAGGGUUAGGGAGUGAGGUUUUUUUUUUUUUUCUGUUUUUGAGCAUUGGUUGAGGAUUAGAGAUAAGGAGUUUUGAAAAAACUGAAAAUUCUGAAAUCAGUUUUACGUUUAAAUCGGAUUUUAAUUUUAUUAAUAUUUUAUAUUAU